GCACACAAUCAACUUGUUGCUAUGCAAGACUGUGUGCUAAGACAAAGAUGGCGACGUUCGUGGCAAUUGCCAAUGCCAUCCCGGAUGACAAUUGCCAAACAUCUCACCUUAGUCAGAUUAGUUAUGUUAGUUCUUCCUGAAGCACGUCGUAAGCCUUGGCUUUGGAACUGGUAAAACAAAAGAACUGGCCACACAAAAGAUUAAAGGCAAAACAAAAACCUGGAAAGCAACCAGGACCAUGUCAGGAGGGCUUACUGUCCCGCACCAGGACGGAGACACCUACCUUCUGGACGACAGCCCUAGCCCUGAUGGUGAUGAUCUGCAAUCCUCCUUUGGGGGUGGAGCCAGUGGUGGGGGACCCGAGACCCGCCAAUGGAUGGAAUCCAGCGAGGGACCACUGGAGUAUGAGAGCGACCCUGAAAUGUGGUCGCAGAGCGAUGAUACCUCAUUGACUGGGCCGGAAGAGAGUCUGAGCGAGCAAGGCAGCGACCGGCCGUCCUUUGCCAAGCAGAAGUUCAGUCGGCACGAGAAGUUGCGCAUGCUGGCGCUGCGCCGACACCUGGACAACCUGGCCGGCCAGGUACUGGAGAGCGAGCACAUCGUGCAGACCACCAGGGAGGAACUCAAGAAAUGUCGCACCAAGCUGGAAGCCCUAGAGUUGGAGAAGGAGCACACAACAGAACAGCUCCAGCAGAGUGAGGAACAAGGCAACAUGGCCAAUGUCCACCGACUGAAAAGCAAGCUAGCCAAGCUGGAGAAGGAACUGGAGGCAGAGGGAGACCUAGAGAAGCAGAUACAGGAACGACUGGACCAGGCAGAACUGGACCUGUCCAAAGCGGAGCUGGAACAAGGCAAGUUCAUUUUGGCAGAGGAGGAUUUGGAGGUGCAGGAGGAACGACUGGAGCAGGAGAGAAUGGAGAACACCAUGCAGCGAGCCAGGAAGGAGAACAUCAAAGUGGUGCAGGCCGACCGCAGACGCAAAAACAGGGAAAGAGAUCACAUGGCAGCUUUGCGUGAGCGGGACCGUAAGCAUCGUCAAGCAAUGAGUGCUGCUCGACGGUCACGAGAAGCCGCAGCCAAGUACCUCAAGGAAACCGUGGCUAAAGUUCGACAGAAGGAGGCAGAUGAGGAGGAGAGGCACAGGACCCACAUGGACCAACGGGUCAGGACGUUGCUGAACUUGAGGAGCGACGUGUCAUCCAACAGGGAGAAUCUGCGAGCGCUGCAGGCGAGGAGCCACUACGUCGCUCAGCAGGAGCGCGAGGCUCUGGACAGGGAGCGAGAAGACCUGGAGGUGGCUGGAGAAAAUGCCGAGGAGGUCAUGUUGAGGAAGCAGAGGCUGCAGCAGUUUGAGCAGGAGAAACAGCAACACGAAGCCAAUCAGAAGGAACGCCAGGCAGAGCUGCUGUCUCACCUCCUGAGGGAGGAGCGACAGAUGAAGAAACGGCAAGCCAUGUAUCCGCAACUCUGGCCUGACGCCAAGCGGGACCGAGCCAAACGCGUCACGCGGCCCAAGCGCAAAGCGCGCAUCAUCCGGGAGUACAGCGGCUCUUCCUCCAUGGAGUACAGUGCCGAUGUCGAAGAAGCUGCUGUACCGAAACCCAGUUCGGCCAAGUUAGCAGGGGCAGACAUAUCCUCGGACGAUGACGGUUUCAGCCCCUACGGUGCCACCAGCCGAGAUGAGCGCGGGGGCAGCGACAGUGAGGAUCGCAAGGACGAACUGGCCAAGCCGGAGUUUGAGGGACUGUGGAACCAGCAGCACAAGACUUACAAGGUUCCCAAAGAGGAGGAUGCAGGCUACAGCCUCAAGUACACCAGCAAGAUGGAGAGAGACAUGAUGGCAGCAGCAUUGGACAAGCACCGGGCGGGCAUCGUCCGCAAACAGGUGGCGGCCGGCAAGGAGUUUAAGGGUUGUCCGUUCUACAGCAAACCCGACGUCAUCCACUUCAAGGAUUUUGAUGUCGGCAAGUCCUACAAGAAGAAAGUGAUCCUCACCAACGUGUCCUAUAGCGUCAACUUCAUCAAGCUGGUAGAUCUAUCCGAUCAUCUCAAGGAUUUCAUAGACCUACAGUUUGAUCCUCCUGGUCAGAUGUCAGCCGGCAUGAGCUGCGAGAUGUUGGUCACAUUCAAACCAAUGAUCAACGAGGAUUUGGAGGGUGAGGUGCAGUUUUUGACACAAACCGGUCCAUUCUGUGUACCCGUCAAUUGCUCCACAAAGAAAUGUGAUUUAUCUGUGGACACAGACGGCAUAGAUUUUGGGACUCAAGUCAUCGGAGAAACGCUGAAGAAAACCAUUACCCUGACCAACAAGGGGGCGAAGGGGACACAGUUUGAAUUCAUCAAGAUCACUGGAAUGAAGCAAAAUACAGUAACAUCAGCCGGUACAUCCCUGGGUCGCCUGACUACAGCGGAUAUCACCACUCGUCCAAAUACAUCCAAGGACCAGGACAACAUCCCCACUGACGAGAAGGAGAAAGCGGACGAACCAGAGGCUAAGAACGAGGGAGACACUGCACCGGAUACAGAACUGGCGGCUGGAGAGGAGACUAGGGAACCGUUGUCUGCAAGGAGUAAGAAGUCAGGGGUGGUGACCAUCACUGUAGAUGACACUGAAGGAUUCACCCUAGCGCCCGAUGAUUUGGAAGAUCCCAGUGUCUGGGAUGGGAUGCGUGUGGGGCAAGUGACCGGCAACGAGAUCGGACCCUUCUCCUCAGUUAAGCUGGAGAUCAUCUUCAAUCCCACGAUUCCUGGCGCUGUGGACGUAGACUUUGAAAUACGUUUUACGGACCCGCUUUCAGAAACAAUCAGUGUCAAAUCCGUGGCAGUGGCCAUCGACGUUCCAGUCUGGGUGGAGCGGCAGAACGUAGACCUGAAGAUCUGCAUGUUCGACAGGCUGUACCAGGACGCCAUUGUGGUCAACAACCGGGCCACCACGGCGCUGCGCAUCAAGUUUGAAGUCUGCAAGGAGUUGCGCAACCACAUGGAGCUCCUACCCAAGACUGCCUACAUACAGGCCCAAUCACAGUUCUCAGCCCAGUUGAAGUUCCUGCCAAGGCAUAGUUUAAUUGAGGAGGCUGGUCCCUGUUUUGACAAGGAAACAGGUGUGUUGGAAGCACCCAUGACCAUCCGGGUGGCAGACCAGACGGCUCCUGUGUUGUACACCGUGCAUGCCGUGGUCACCACAUCCGACAUGACCUUCAACACCGACUUCAUUGACUUUGGUUAUGCCACCAUUCAUGAGUCGGUCAUUGCAACGGUUAAGUUGACCAACAAGUCUAUCCUGUCGCAGAAAUUCGGAUUCGUCAACCUCCCAGACUAUGUGGAUGUCCAACCCAACGAUGGAUUCGGCACCUUACUGCCUCUGGAAGCCAUCGACCUGGACAUCAUCUUCAGUGCCAAGAAGGCCAAGAACUACAGCUUUGAGCUGACUUGCAAGUCUGGAAUAAACAGGGACUUCAAGAUCUCCUGUAAAGCUGUGGGCGUCCACCCGCCCCUUGAGCUCUCGCAUUCCACCAUCCACUUUGCUGCCACCGCCAUGGAAGAUUCCUCCGUUACUUCCCUGUGGGUGGUCAACUCCCACACUAGCGCCAACGAGUUCACCCAUCCGGUGCCCCGCAUUGGCAAGGGGGAGAUAGCCCCUGUUGGGCCCACGGCAUUUGAGUUCGUGGUACCCAGGGGCGUGCCGCUUGCCGUCUCGCCCGCAGUUGGUGUUGUGAAACCUGGCAAGAAAACCAAAAUUUCUGUCAAGUUCUGCCCCCAGCUGGGCACGGCUGACAUCAAGGAGGAGGCGGUCAGGCUGGUCACCAAGGCCAUGGAGACCAAGGCCAAGUAUGAGUUUGAGCAGGCGCAGCUGGCUGCUAAGAAGAGCGCCCUCGAGGGUCUGGCGGAGGAAGAGGACGCAAAGAAGGGAAAGAAAGGGCCCAAGCGGAAUGUCAAGUCUCCGUCAGGCAAAUCCAAGGCCAGCCCUACCCUACAGCCAGUCAUCCCUCCCAAGGUGGAGGACAUUGAGCUUGGAUCUGAUGAGUAUGCUGCCGGUCGCACAUCUCUCCUGCGGCAGUUUGCAGGCAGGUUCAGCAGCUAUUCCAUCCCCUGCUAUGUCGCUUCCGGCCAGCCGGGCGAUCCAGGAACUCUUCCUUACAAUGUCCACAACACGCUCUACCUUGAGGUCCACUGCCCGGCAGUCAAGCCCCCCUUGGUGGUCAUUUCAGACCGUGGCCGCACUACCAAGGACUUUGGGGACAUAUCAGUUGGUCAGCGCAUCAUCAUGUCUGUGACCAUACAGAACAUCUCAGACCAGCCCUUGGAGCUCAAAUCCUCUAUCUUAGAUACCAGUGGCCCCUUCAGUCUUCUCAAUGCUUUGAGAAGUCUUCCUGUCGAUGGUACGCACACCCUCCUGAUUGCUUUUGCACCCCUCAAGGCCAAAGUGUACCAAGAGGUUCUGGACAUCUGCUGUGCAGCGGCAACUCUCAGCAUUUGCCUGAAGGGCCAGGGGAUAAGCCCCGUGGUGAACAUUUCACUGAAGGAGCCCAAGCUGGAUCUGGGCUACGUGCUCGCAGGAGAGGAGACCUCAGAAACCUUUAAGCUAGAGAAUGUGUCCCCGCUCGCUGUGGACUACGUCAUCAAGCUCGCCAGCCUUUCCUUCCGGAAGCAUGCUGACCAGCAAGGCUUGCCACUCUUCAUCCGCCGUGACGCUGCAGCAGACGCCGGAGUGGUUGGCAAAGCCAACCUCAGUGGGAGCAGUGUCUUUGACUGUGUUCCCUGCGAGGGCACAUUGCAACCAGGUAGCAAGACGGAGAUCUCAGUCUUCUUCCGCCCUGACCACCCCUCCGAGUGCUUCUCGGAUGUGGCCCAAGUGGUGCUGUACGGAAAGCAGGAGGCCCAUACCAUUCACCUGACGGGGGCGGCCAAGUCCAAGAUCAUGUACCUCCUGGGAGGGGAUCAGAUGCAGCCGCCCGUGGAGAGCCUGGCCGUUGUGCCGGUCACAGACGAAGAAGAAGACCCUAAAGCUCUCCCUCCAGCGAUUCCAACAUUGCUGUCAUUCCGGGCCUUGAGCAAGGAAGACGAAACCGUCCCAGCGAGUAGGCAGCUGCAGGUGGGAUGCAUACGCACCAUGGCCAUCAGCCAGAAGAAGAACGGGGAGUUCUUCUUUGACAAUCUGAACAUGGUGACACCCAAGGGGUUUGCUGUGGACACCCAGCGCGGCAUGGUGGAAGCCGGCAUGACCAGAGCGGUCAACAUCACCUGGACACCCCCAAAAGGGCAUGAUCCGAAUAUGGUUAUUGAGGCCAGCAUUAUCUUCAACCUGAAGGGGGAUGUGCUGGAGAGGUACAACCUCAUCCUGCGAGCACAGGUGGUUACAGAGGAGAUGCCUUCACCAUAGCAACAGCACCCUAGCAACAGUUUCCUAGCAACAGCAACAAAUUGAAGAACUGGCUCACUUCAACAACACUGAGAGUUUAUCUCUUCAGAGUUGUUUAAAUGCCUUGGAUUCUAGAUACGGUUCCCUAAAUUUUCUAAUAGUUUAGUAAGAGAAUGUCAAAAAUGCUGUCUCAAGUAAUACGCAUGCGUAUGGAUAUGUGUACUUGUAUAUCAAAACUAGGAGGAAGGUUUUGAAAUGGAUAUCUGUAAAAACUUACAAUUCUUUGACAUGCCUCUUCUGCGGGACGUUUCCUUUGUUUCCUUGUCGCUAUGAAAGCCCAGAGAAAUUAAUCGUUUUCCUCCUACACACACUCUUUCAAAGUUAAUUUUUUCCAGGAUUUCCUUGACUCUUCAUUUUGUCGUGGAUAACCCUGACAACCACUGCCUCUGAAACUGUGCCUAGAGUGGCAAAGGUUGUGUGGAUCUGUGCAAGUCCAUGCAUCUUCAUUGUGGGGACCUGUGUAAGUCCACACAUGUCUUUAUACCCUGCAUCAUGUGGACUUCACUUUUUUCUGCAGGUCCUCAUAAUGCACGUAUAAGCGAGGACACCUUUCCAGCCUCCAUUUGGCAUAGGUCCCAAUAAUCUUCAGCCAGUCUAAAGUCUUCGAAUAUGCCCCAUUCUUUUCCUGCCACCCCACCCAGCAGAAGACAGGAGAAUAAAUUUAGCACCAAAGUGUUUACACGAUACGUUCUAAUACUCCCAGUCCAGAGUCUCAUCACACAAAUCCAAACACAUCACCAUUCGGUCGUAAAACCCCGCACAUUACAUUGUUAUUAUCCAACCAAGCACAUUGAUGAGCCUCGCUACCGUUCUUCAGCUGAAUGGAAGAAAUAGAAGUUUGAGAUGGCUGAAUGGGCACCGGAAGCACUUUUAACCCUAACCCCCUUGGGUGUAUGUAAAAUCGUAUUGAAAUUGGAGGAUUUGGGAGUUUUAGGGUUAAGCUAGAAUGUUACAACUUAGGAGCCUGGAAAUUGCCCUGUGGCCCUUCUGGCGGUUGAGGCAUAAGUUUGGAGCUUAUUUUUUUCGAAUUUUCGAAUUGUUAUUAUGAUAGUCGCUGAUCAAAUUUGCAUGGACAUAAAGACCUGUACAAUAGUAUGCCAUUAGUUGGUUUAUGACAUGGAGAUCGCGUGCGGCGCGCAAAUUUCACAUUUAAUGCUGACACAGAUUUAAUUAAGUAAAAAGUUGUCUAUGUCUAUUAACGGUCUUUUUCCCGGGAUUAAUGUUCUUUGCUCUCCCAGUGCACUAGUGGAUUUUUUUUAGAAUGAGAGAAAGGCAAUUUUUUCUUAGCCUAUUUCGUUUCUUUUCCCUCCAAUUUUUUUUAAUGUAAAAUCCUCCCUAAAUGCAACUUCACAACCCCCUGGCCAGGAUUGCCAUGGAAGUUACACAAAAAUUCUCAAAUGUUUCGGCAGUGGCGUAACUAGGGCUGUUAUGUCUAGGGGCAUCCGGGGAUGCACUUAUUUUUUUCAAAGGGCUACCAAAAGGCAGUGAGCUGCAGCAGAGGUUGUUCAUGGAUUCCAAAUGGGGGGGGGGGGUCAUCCAGGGGCACGGGUAUUCGCUGGGGAGCACGUACCCCCCCCCCAUAGUUAUGUCACUGGGGUUUGGUCCCCUAAAAAAAAAUGGCAUCCCCACCCCGUCCAAGAGGUGAUUCUGGAUCCGCAUUUGUGUAAAGGCGCUGUACCCGUUUCAAAUAGGUAUCUCAAUUCCCUUAUAAAAUGUAUUUGCAGGCCCUGUGUAUGUUGUGACGAUGACUACUUCCACAUAAUAUGACGACUAACCUCGUAUCUAAUAAUGCCUGCUCCUGUUGAUUCAGGUCGUUUGUCCUAUCUGGGCUUGCGUAGAUGCUGAUUGAAACUGACUCCCGACCCCAAGGCUAAAGCAGGCUAUCAAGACAGAAAGCUAAUCCGAGGCGCGGUCUCUUUUCUGAUUGCGGAGCGCUCUAGUAUGUCUGUGCUUGUUAUUAAAAAAGCGGGAAAGAUUAACGUUAGAAGGGAUGGGGAAAGUUAAUGUGCUUUCGUUUGUGAUAUUUACUAACUUAUAUUCUGUAUAUAACGAGUCACUGGAAAGAUAUUUGGUCGCAUUUUCGUGGUUUUGUGUGUUUGAACAGAUUUGCUCUGUACAGGGUUAAGCGAACGUUGUCUUAAAUUUUAAUACCUUUGAAAAAUUCUCUGAAGUGCUGUAGUGUGCGAAUUUGAAUUUUUAAUAUAAUGUGUAACUGAAUUUGAAUAUAAAGGAGUGGAUGUUGGACAAUUUA